UGCCGGCCUUUUGCAGCCACGUUCCCCACUCUCCUUCUUCCUCGCUCCCCUUCCCUUCUCACUCUCUAUCUUCCUUCCUUUCUCUCACUACCGAUUUUGUCACCACCAUGACUAACUCUUCCAGGAACAAGUUCUUCCUCUGUUUUCGCCCCGUUGUCAUGCUGGACUCUGCUGUUGAAUCUGAUGGCUCCCCUCCCACUGCUUCCCAUAACCAUGAAAUCCAUAACCCACACAAUUCCCUGCCUCCCAAACGCAAGCUUUCCCGGGUCAUCAAAGCCAUGGUGGUUGAAACUAUACUGAAUCGAAGAGCUCGCCGUAAAAACCGAUCUCGCCGGGAUUCUUCUGAAUCAGACCGCAGUUAUUCGACGACAUACACAGAGGAAACUUCAUCGACCGGCGAUGACAGCUCCAUAUGGAGUCAAACGUCAGUGGAUAUCACCAGUAUUCAAGAAAUAAACUCCGAGUCUCGGUUUUCAUUGUCUUCAUCAGACUCAAAGUUUUUAAGCAAGUCCAAGUCUUGCCCCUCUGAAGCAAAGGCCAGAAAAAGAAGCCGUCGAGACCAGCGAAACAAGUUAGACUGCUCCGGGAUAUACAUGUUUCUCUUGAGCUUAAUUCUUACGGUGUUCUGGGGCAAGAUUCUGGGCAUUUUGUUAACAUCCAUCUGCCUAUACUCUUACUCUGUUUUGAAAAAAAGAUCCCUGAGGCAGAAAACAGUGAGGAAAGACGGCAAGAACAGGAAUCAGAAGGGAAGGCUGCAAUAAAGGGCAUUAAAUUUGAUGUGAAAGGUAGGGGUAUUUUGGUUGAUGCAUCUCAGUGGUGGAAGGUUCAUGGAGAACAAAAGGGGAGGCAUAAAUUUGUUUGGUUCUGUUAGUUUCUGGCAGUCGGCGAAGAGACAGAUCAUAUCAGAGUAACAACCCCAAAGAAUAGGAUCCAUCUUGGAAGAUUCUGACAUAUAUCUAACAUUACUUAGAAUUAACCCAGUGUAGUUAAUGAGAUUGCUCCCUCUAAAGAGGUUUGGUUGUUGUCUGUUUAAUUAAUUUGUUGAAAAAUUUCACCUGCAAUUUAAUGUGCUCAGCGAUCUUCUUUAA